AUGAGAUACUCCACGUCUUCCAUCGCGGCCACGGCCCUGCUACUCUCCACAGCGUGUGCGACUCUCGUACCAGCCAAGGUACAAGAAAGAGCUAUCGAAUGGGUGGUCAAGCCUAAAAUGUUCAUCAUCAGUAUGUUCGAGCCUGAGGGAGACGCAUGGUAUGGCAUUUCGGACUUCGAUGUCCUGGCCAUGAACAUCACCGUGCCUGGCUUCUCCCCAGAGUACCCGGACGCACAUUGCACUGCCGAUGGAGACGUCUGCCAGCUCACGACUGGAGAAUCCGAGAUCAAUGCCGCUACGACGAUUGCUUCGCUCGUGCGCUAUCCUCGAUUCGACCUUACCAGCACUUAUUUCAUGGUUGCUGGUAUUGCUGGCGUCAACCCGGAAGUUGCCACAAUCUGUGGUGUUACCUUCGCCCGCUAUGCCGUGCAAGUUGCUUUGCAAUACGAGUUUUCUCAAUUCGAGAUCCCGACGAACUUCACCAGCGGAUAUAUUCCUCUUGGCUCGCACUCCGCUGAUGAAUAUCCCACUUCGAUCUACGGCACCGAAGUGUUCGAGCUCAAUCAGAACUUGCAGAAAGUCGCAGCCAACUUUGCUCGCAAGGCGACACUGAACGACAGCGAUGACGCUAUCACCUACCGAGCGAACUAUGCUUCCACUCCUGCCUACACCGCCGGUGCUCAGCCACCAUCAGUUAUCGAGUGUGAUGUAGCAACCAGUGACGUCUACUACUCUGGCUCCAUUCUUGGCACAGCGUUUGGCAACUACACAACUCUGGUCACUAACGGCACAGGCGUCUACUGCACCACUGCCCAGGAGGACAAUGCUACUCUCGAAGCCCUCCUUAGAGCUGCCGUAAACAGACUUGUCGACUUUAGCCGAAUCAUCGUCAUGAGGACCGCCAGCGAUUUUGACCGGCCAUGGACUGGCGAGGCAGCCACGACGAACCUGUGGUGGGCUGAACAGGGCGCAUUCGAGCCUUCGAUUGCGAACAUCUACUUGGCUGGUGUAGAAGUUGUUAAUGGGAUCUUGGAUGGUUGGAAUGGGACCUACGCUGCUGGUGUCAAUGCCACGAAUUAUAUUGGUGACAUUUUCGGCACUCUUGGAGGCGAUCCAGACUUCGGACCAUAUACUUACAACAACAAUCCGGUGAAGAGGGAUAUCAGGGCGAAGAGGGAUAUCAGGGUGAAGAGGAAUACCCCGAUCAAGAUCAUGAAGUGA